AUGACUGGCCGAUAGACUCGAGAAUACAGGACAUAGCCGCCGCUGGUUUAACGCCCAUCCGUGGGUCAAUAUGGGCUUGCUAGCUGGUGUGUUGUGACUGAAGCCAGUUAAUCAAAGUUCCAGGGAUAGCGAACAUUUUCCGUGUUGAUUUGUUUCAUAUUAAAAGUGUCGUGUUAUUGAGGCUACCAACUAAUAGACUGGAUACUUUCCUGUUUAUUUUAAUGUCUGGAUACACAUUUGAAUGAAACAUACAGAUGAAGAUGUUAAAGUGAUAGAAACACUUCUCGUCCGUGGAACUAGGUCACUUUUAGGAACAAAUAUUUAUAGAUUAAACAAUUUUUGGUUUAAAUUUGUUUCAGAUUUUCCAGCAAUCACUGCCCUAAAUUAUAUGUAAAUUUAUAUUUAAGGAAUAUUUAAAACAGUCUAACGCAAUUUAUAAUACUUCUUAUAUUGGUAACAAAGACAGCUCAAAACAAAUGUGUAAAGUCUACUAUAGUACAAUGAAGUAAAAUCAUUGGUGAAGUCUUAAUUUUCUUCAGAGGCAACACAAUUGAAGGAAAUGUCCAGAGACUUGGAGUCUGAAUCUGAAUGAUGUAGUAAAACUUUUGAAUCACUCCUAAUGCUGCUAGCUUCCGGAUGAUUCAUCCAGUAGUCAAAUUUUAGGUUUUGAGUCGGUCAGUCACCAAUGGUGUGUCUUUGGUUUCUACUUGAGUCAAACAGUUUUUCAUAGCAUCGACAAAGAAAAGCAGCAGAGAAUGGAUACAUUGUUACAGAAUCCCGUGUUCAGGGCAAAGAUGAAGUCACUUAGUCCAGCGACAAGACGCUGGUUCAUUGACUCUUUGAUAGAUCUGUUUGACCAGGAGUCCGAAUAUGUCAUUGACGUCAUUGAGGAUUGUCGAGAGGAGAUGAGGGAGACGGCGGACAAGUUCAAGGACGAGGCAGAGCAGUUGAGAACUGCUUCCAGACUUCUUCAGGAGAAACGGGAAUCCCCGGAACAAUCGCCAAAACGCUCUGUCUCGAGAGUCUCUGCCCCUAGCCGACUUAUAUAUGUCAAGGAGAGACAAGGGAAUGGAACUCCAGACUCUGUGCUAUCCAUGCGGCUACGUCAGCGGCGGAGACGAAUUGUUAUGUCUGAUGAAGAUGGGUGCAGUAGGUCUUCACCGGAGGCUAAUGACAAUAACAGGUGUGCGUCCUCUCUGAGUGUACCUUCCUUACCUCUACUAGGCAGAGGCGUAUCGCCCAGUGCCAGAACAACCAGAAGUUUACCGGUCACCCCCACAGUGCCGGUCAGGGAGCAAGACGAAGUAGAAAGACAGAAGAAAGUUCACGAGGAGACUCGCGCCAUAUUACAAAAUAUGACUAGCAGAGAGAGUCAAGCGGAAGUGGAAAGAGAGAGACAACAAGAGAGACUAGAGAGACUACGAAGACAGAAGAAAUUUUUAGCCGAAGAUAGAACUCAGAAAGCCUUGCAACUUUUAGAGAAAGCUCUGGAAAUGGACAAAGUACUGGUGCAAGACAAAGAAAGACAAGGGCUGCAACUGAGAAAUAAGUUGGACGAGAUGAAAAAGAAACGAGGUCAGCAAAACGUGGAAUACGUUGAGGUCAUCCCUCUACAGGACAAAUAGCUGGACACACUACAUUCUGCUGGACAACACUUCAAGUGUCAAUGUUCUUCAUUGGAAGUCACGAUACUCUCGGGAUAGUCUUCUCGUGAUGGAAAAGACAAAUACAAUUGGAUUUUGUUAAGAACAUCCCAAGCCUCGGGUAUAAUUUUUGUUUGAAUAACCAGACCAAGAUCCAAUACGUUUUUAUAUGCCAAUCAGCCAUAUGCAAACAUUUGACUUACGAUGAUUUUUGCCGAAUACAUUUAUGGACUAUAAAUACCCUUUUAAUGGGUUUGCUUCAUAAUGUUAGACUUUAAGAUGCAGUUUUGCUCUACACGCGAUUCUUUUCAAAAAUGAUUUCACCAUUGAACACGAUUUCUCAUCAGUUGAGUUGACAAAAACAACACCACCACCACCACCACCAGGUGUGAUACACUAAUUGUAUACUUUGUUUCUACAAACUCUAGAUCCAUGUUUAUGUAUUUACUAAUUCAACUGAUUGUGGCAUUAUCUUUCUAGGAUUCUAUGACUUUGACAUUAUUUUUAUUUUAAUAGAUUCUACAGAUUGUAAAAGUAUCUUCUCGCAGGUGAUAAAGAAUUAGACAUCUUUGUAAAGAUACUUCGUUUUCUUGUUUAGUAGUUUAGUCAAAAUGUAAACGUUUUUUACGUUGUAGGUUAUACUAUGCUAGAGUUUUAAUGGCCUACAGUUGUACUGAACAUAUCUCAAUGUUUCUACUAUACUCUAUCGCUAUAGAUAAUUCUCUAAUACUUCAAGUUGAUAUGUACACUCUAAAAUACAAAAUGUAAAUAGCAUACA